AACUCACCUACAGUUCCCAUCACAAUGCAACCCUACCGAGCACCCCCUCAAGCAACACCCAAUCCCUGGAUCUACGUCGGACACGCCUCUGCAAUCGAAGACAUAACCCCAACAGAAGGCAAACACAACACCAAACUCUCCUCGACAAAACCUCCCGCCGAUCCCGAAGACAUCUUCGCCUCCCCCACCAUCACAACACCCUGCAAGAUCCUUCAACUCGCCGGUCCAGGCUCUUCCUCCGCAGAAGAGCUGACUCCCGACGUCGCCCAAACGACCCUCGGCAUUCAGCCCCAGAUCCUCGUAUUCCGAUAUCGAGACAAGAUCCACGCGAUAGAUCACUCGUGUCCGCAUCAGAACUACCCACUAUCGCGAGCUAGUCUAUACGAUAUUGAAGAUUUUGGAAUUGUGCUUAGUGCGGGGAUUGAGUGUCCGAAACAUGGCUGGAGUUUUGAUGUGAAUACUGGACAGAGUGACCGGGGAAACUACAAGUUGGGAGUGUGGGACGUAGAGAUUAGGAGUGGGGAGAAUGGAUUUGGGGAAACGGAAGAGGAAGUUUGGGUUAGGAGGAAGGAGAAGAAGAGGAUUGGGUGACGCAGCAUAGGCGAACACUUGCACGAGCUGUCGCUCGAGGAGUAACUCAGCCACGAUUGUUGAAGAGCUCGUGGAAAGUGGACUAU